AUGGCUGUUCUAAUUGUUGGGACAGCUCAAGGAGGUAUUUCUUUGCAAGAGGAAGAGUACAGAUAUCUUCAUGAACAUCACCAGAAGUAUGCUCAUUAUCUCAUACCACUCUGGUGUCUUAAAGAAUCCUCUGACAUGAAGAAAAGCAGAACACUUAUUUUUCUUAGUUUGUUUCUGAACUACUCUCAUGGCUGCCUUGGAUUCAUAAGUGCUAGCACAAUGACACAUAUACUCCUGGGAAAAGUAUAUCCUAAUAUCACUGUUUUGGCUUCUUCAGCAGUAAUAUCAGUAGGUUGCUUGUUAGAAUUACGGAUAAUCCAUUUGACUACACAGGAUUCACCAAUUUCUAGCAAGCAAUCUCUCCACUCAGAUGUUCUAACUUUUAUAGUAGUAUCAAGUCUAAGAGUCAUCACUCCAGGAACAGAUGUACACUCCAAUGCUUCAGAGAUUGUUGCAAAGUAUAAAUGUUUUCAUUGA